UAACUAGGCUAUCUACUCGUUAGAAGUGAAAAAUGGUCGAUCAAAAUUUACAAUUUGAUAGAUUCUCAUUAGAACAUUAUAAAUGUAAAUACAAACAAUUCCCUGGAGAAUUUAUGCUUGGUACUGCUUCUUCGGCAUAUCAAAUCGAAGGUGCGUGGAAUGAUGAUGGAAAAACAGAGAGCAUAUGGGAUCGAAUCGCUCACACUAAGCAAGAAUUAUUUAUAGACGAAUUAGAGUCAGAUGAAAAUUUUCCAAAGGUAGAUAUGAUCUCAGAAAAUUCAUUUUUGUGUAUAUCGAAAGGAAUACCUAUGUACAAUAAAGUAAAUCAUAAACAAGGCCGUACAGUUAUUACUGGAGAUAUUGCUUGUAAUAGUUAUUAUAAAAUUGAUGAAGACGUUGAGCUUCUUAAAGAACUGAAGGUUCAAUCAUAUCGAUUUUCAUUAAGUUGGCCACGUAUCUUACCAAGAGGUGAAGAUAGUUACAUAAAUCCUGCUGGUAUUCAAUAUUACAAUCGACUUAUUGAUAAUUUGAUUGAGAACAAUAUAACACCUAUAGUGACUAUUUAUCACUGGGACUUGCCUCAGUGUAUACAGGAUUUGGGAGGAUGGUGUAACAAACAAAUAGUAGAGUUCUUCACUCUUUAUGCUCGAAUAGUUUUCAGAACAUUUGGUGAUCGUGUGAAAUAUUGGAUAACUAUCAAUGAGCCUUACUUGGUAUCAGAAAGUUAUGGAAAUGUAAGCGGAGCACCUGCAUUAAGCAAAAGUGGUUUUGGGGAUUAUUUGGCCAUACAUCAUACAAUAUUAGCACACGCAGCUGCUUACCAUAUAUACAAUCGAGAAUUUAGACCAUUACAAAAUGGUCAAAUAGGUAUAAGCUUAAACAUGGAAUGGUAUUUUCCAAAAAACAUAAGUUCCUUAGAAGAUCAUUACGCUGCCCACCGAGCUCGUAUGUGGCAGUUUGGAGUGUUUGCCCACCCGUUAUUUUUCGGAGACUAUCCUGAAGAUGUAAAACAAGGAGUUAUGGAAAUUAAUAAAUCUAAUGGAAUAUCAAUGAAACGACUGCUUGAUUUUAGUGAGAACGAAAAACAUAAAAUCAAAGGGACAUUAGAUUUUUUGGGUAUCAAUCAUUAUUUUUCGGUGUAUGCAACAAAGUUACAGUCAACUCAGAACCAACCAUUAAAGACUCUAGAUUCUAAUUUUGAAUUAUCAUUAAUUAAAGAAUUUCCUUAUUCAAAUCCCAUGUGGAUAAAAGAAACUCCCAAAGGCAUGCGUAGUUUGUUGUGUUGGAUUAGAGAUACAUAUGGAAAUCCUAAGAUUAUUAUUACUGAAAAUGGCGUUUCAAACAAAAGACGAAACGAAGAUGAGGAUACAUUCAUUAAAAUAAGAUAUCAUUAUGGUUAUUUGAGUGCUGUUCUCAAUGCAAUAUACGAAGAUGGGUGUAAUGUGAUUGGUUAUGAAGUCUGGUCAUUUUUGGAUUCAUUUGAGUGGUUUUUUGGAUAUAGGGAAAAAUUUGGAAUAUACAAAGUUGAUUUCAAUGACCAGAAUCGUUCUAGAUAUCCAAAGAAAUCAUUACAGUUUUUUAAGCAGUUAUUUCAAACAAAAACCUUACCUGAUGUAUUAGAUGAUUUGUAUUGUGAAAAUAAUACUAUAGCAAAAUAGAUCAUUUUAAAGCAAAACUAAAUGCCUCGAGUUAAUCAAAAAUCCACUUAUUGACAAGAUGCUGAAAUAAUAUAUUUUACUACACGAAUAUACAUUUUUUUUAUAUACCUUAUACUUAUAUAUAAGUUAUUUGUCUGUUCUGCAGUAACAGUGUAUUACUAUUAUAUAAGUUCAUGGAAAAUACUUGCAUAUUUUACUUAAUGCGAUGAAAAUAAAAUAUAAAUAUAAGAUCUUGAAA